UAUUAAACUUAUAUAUUUUAUAUUUUUUUAUGAUUUCAGUUUGCCACGAUGACACAUUUUCCAGCUGGCCCUGUAACAAAGUCACUGCAGUUACCUAGCAACAGAUAUGAUGCUGUAGGCCUUCUUACAUUCAGUAUUGGUGGUGUCUUUCUACUCUGGUACGAAGUUUGCCAUAUCCUUCCUAAAUACUAUCCAGUAGUUCAUAACAAUCCUGAAGAAGAGAAGUUAAGAUUCCAGGAACUAUGUAUUCACUAUGCCGUCACAGCAUUCUUUGCUGUAAACAUUUAUGGAAACAUGUACAAAAUUGUAACAAUGAACACAUCUAGGACAAGGUUCAGAUUUAUCUCAUUUUCCCUACUACCUGAAGGCUGGCGAUACUGCUCUGAUUGUGACCUUAACCUUCCUCCAAGGUCAUAUCACUGUAAGCUUUGUGACACCUGUAUUCUUAAACGGGACCACCAUUGCUGGUUUACAGGUUGUUGUAUUGGCUAUUACAAUCAUAGGUACUAUGUUGCCAUGGUAACACAUAUGGUGAUGGCUGCCCUGUACUGUAAUAUUUUCAAUUUGACCUUUGUGGUGUCGGUGAAAGGUCAUCUUACUCUUUAUACGUUCUUAUCGUACAUUGCACCGCAUAUGGGAUGGUUAAUGGGUUACUAUGACCUGUAUGUGUUUGCAAUCACCUUCUUGACAACGGUUGGCACGGUGAUGUUGGGACUAUUGUCGUGGUUGCUAUACAUUCAGAUUUAUCAAAUCAUAUUUGGACAAACUAGAUAUGAAGGGAAGAAGAAUAUAAAAAAGUACAAUAAUGGAAUUCUGCAUAAUUUGAAAGAGGUACUGGGUAAAAGAUGGUACCUGAUUCUUCUGUUUCCAUGGAUACCAUCACCUUUGAUAGGAAGUGGGACACAGUUCAAGGUCAAAGGUGACUGAUUGAUUUAAAAGUGUAAACUGCAUAAUAUGUGUGUGGAAUAAUUUGUUGACAUAUUCUACGCAAAAAAAAACAUCAACAAAAAACAAUUGCAGAUAGUAUUUAAGUCAAGUUACAAGUUUGUUGAUAGAGUAAUUAGAAUCAAAUGAGAAGAAAUUUUAUUCCUGAGCAUGGAUGCCCCUUGGUGUUGGAACUUAGAUUAAAAAAGAUAAAAUGUUCAUUAGAAAUAUUAUAUAGCUCAAGCAGAAAAAUAGCAUUUUUUUUUAAAUUUACAAAUAGCACUAGAACUGUAGCUACAACCAUAAAGUGUUUAGGGAUUCAAAUAAAGAUUAUAAAGUAAAUGAACUGAUAGCAUUUUUGUUCCAGUAUCAAGGAUGUAAUUUGGAAUUAAUUUUUGCUUGAUUUUUAAGUGAAAUAAUGAUGAAGAACUGUGAACAUUUAUAAACAGAUGCAUAAAAUACACAUAGACAACAACUGACCGAAAAAUAUCAGGUGCCUAUUUUUAGGUACCUGGAGCAGCAUGAAAUCUCAAUAUUAUUUUGUGGAAUGGAUUGAUAAGAAACAAGUAGAAUAUUUCAACUUUGAAAGUGUUAAGCAUGUGAAAGGGACAUACUUUCGUCAAAAAAAAAAAAAAAUCUGACUGAUGCCUGGAUUGAAAUUUAUUGUAAUUUUUUAACAACUUGGUGAUCCAGAGAGACAAUAUGAACUGUCAUCUACAACUACCGGUUUAAUAUUUCUGGAUUCUAUUUUAAGAACUUGAUACAAAAUAUUAAACACUGGUGUUUUCUUUUUGGAUUAAUGAGCAAAGUAAAUUCAAAUCUAAAGACUGAUGAUUUGGUAACUGAUUUUAACUUUAUAUAUUGUGUGUGAAAAAUUAUGAUGCUACAAGAAGUUCGAUGUAAACCAUCUUGCUGUGUUGUGAACUUAAUGGCACCAGGUAAGUGGCACAUAGUAUAGAUUAGUUGAUUAUAUGAACAUGUGAUCUUAUAUU